CAAACGAAAGUACUACAGUGUCGUGAAUUUUUUCAUUCCGGAGCUAAACACGGCCUCGUUGAUUUACAUUCAGAUUCAGUUGGUCCUAGAAGAGACACCUGGCCAAAUAGCAUGAACUAAAAAUAGGUCGCCUCUUUUGCUAGUAAAAUAUGGUGACACGAUUAUAGGUGCCCUGUCACCUGGCACGUCCCUUUCUCAAAAGUCCAUUUCGGUGCACCUACGCUCCUGGCAUGUGGGGAAGAGUUGUACAAUCUUGCAUGCCAGCUAGUGACUCGACGAAGGGCGCACAGUCAGCUCAAAUGACCUCAUAUUUAGAGAGGCAGCUGAGAGGCACGGUAUGAGGCCAUCUUGUGUGUUUUACGGUAAAACUUUUACCCCUCCAGUCACCUUCUAUCUACGUACUAGCUACUUCGAUCCAACCUAGCGCUGAGACUUGGAAACCGUGCUUUCCUCGCCGCUCGUUCCCUCCAUGGCAGCUCACGCUUUCACGCACCACCUGUUCGCCACCCCACGCAUUGGACGUUCGCUGAAAUUAGGUAGCUCAUGCAGAUGUUUCCAUCCCAUCCUGACGACUUUCUCCUAUAUAAACCGAGAUCAACACUGUAGGUUAACGUGAGUUCAUCUGCAUGUGCACUGACGAGCCGGCAACAUAAACGAUCGAGGCGGUGGCAGCAACAGCAAGCAAAGCAUGAAGAGCUCGCGCGCCGUAGUGCUGGUGCUCCUACUAUCCAUCGCCAUAGCGAGCUGCAGGCUCUCGCUCGCCGCCAACGACCACGAGAGCAGCAGCAGCACCAGCAUCACGGCCAUCCUCGGCCGCGACCUGCGGGGGUUCAUCGCCAGGGCCGGCGACCUCUUCAGAUCGGACGGCGGCGGCGCCGGCGCCUGGCGCGCCGCGAACAACAUCACCGCCGCCGAUAAUGUGGAGGCGAAGAACCUGAGGGCCGUGGCGGCGUCCAGGAGGCGGCGGCCCGCCGCCAGGAAGUCCGCCGGCUCCGGCGGCAGCUGCAUCAGCGCCGCGGCGUGCCGGAGGAGGCGGGUGAUCUGCGGCAAGAGGUGCUACGACGGCGCCUCCGCAUCCUCGCGCGCCGGCGCCAGCCUCAACCACGUCCCGUCACGGUGCGUCGUCAAGUGCAGGAAGUGCGUGCCCACCUGCUAGAUAGAUCCUCGAUCCUCUUCGUUCUGCGAUGGCUGAUGAUGGGUCUCGACUCGAUCGCCUCCUGCUCAGCACUUCAGCAGCAUGCAGCUCCGAUCAACAUUUCUGUCGUAGGUUCAGUGGAAUAAAUAAAAGAUGCAAAACCUGUUCCUCCAUGCAGUAGUAGGUACACGUACUAGUGACUAGUGAUGAAUACUCCGUCUGUGCGUUUUGUAUUGGAUUCGUUUUUUUCCCCCUCCAUGAAUGUUGCUACGUUCACUUCCAGGGUACAGUUACACAGUA